UUCGGCCCACCGAGUUCGCAUCGACCAGCGAUCCCCGCACACUAACACUAUCCUACACACACACUGGGAGACAAUGUACAUUGACACCAAACCAAUUAACCUACAAAACUGCACGUCUUUGGAGUGUGGGAGGAAACCGAAGAUCUUGGAGAAAACCCACGCAGGUCACGGGGAGAACGUGCAAACUCCGUACAGACAGCACCCGUAGUUAGGAUCGAACCCGGGGGGUGUCUGGCGCUGUGAGGCAGCAACUCUACCACUGCGCCACCGUGCUGUUCACCAAUAUUCUGAGUUAUUAUAAUUCUAUUGUAUUAUUCAAUAUUAAUAUUUAAUUCCUAAUUGCCGUGUUGGUUUUAAAUUUAAUCCAUCUUUUGCGGUUUUUUUAUUUGGAAGAAUCUAUGAUUCUCCAAACUGUGAUGCAAUUACCAGUCGUGAAGGAACAUUACCGUUGCAUCUCCUCUUUAAACACCGAUUGUGUAACAAUUAUGUUUCUUAGCUCUGCCCACUCAAUAAGUCAAAACACCAUGAAAUCCAAUUUUACGCCUAUUUGACUCACCUGAUCAGAAUGCAAACCAGAAGUGUUGAUCAAGGCCCUUUGACAAGUGUGAAGGCCAGUGUUGCAUCUGUGGCACGGACAUUUAAUAGCUGAAUUUACAGGAACACCACUUGAAAAUUCCCUGGCAGGCAGACCAUUAAGCUUAGCGCUAUCUCCCAUCCCUCUGAUUUGCUUUCUUCACCACUCGGUGGUUGCUGGGUGCUAAAACAAACCAAAGCUCUGUUUACAAAGUAUACGGUUACAAUACUCCCACCAAAUAUUUGUCAAAAGUCAGUCCACGCAAAACUAUAAAUGCAUUAAUCACAGGUGUGGACCUGCUACUUAAACCAGGGUAGCUCUUCGUGUCUGCAUCGUGCCCACUGGGACUGCAGAAUCCAGGUAAGAACUAAUAACAUUUUUGUAAAACUAUCGGCUCAACAUAAGAAGUCUAAAGCUGUCAGUGAACCUUGCUGCCUGAGGCCUCAGCAAUAGUGAUUACACAGAUACACAGAGUGCAAAAUGGUCAUCUUUUAGAAGCUACUCCAAAAGAUACAAUAGUUCAAGAACAUGAACUGGUAAAAUUAGAUUAUUAAUGCCAGCCUAGAAAUAUUUCAAUGUUAGCUAGACUUUUUAAAUCAUAGAUUCGCAUGCUAAUUAAAAUCAGUGUUACUAGUCUUUAAAAGGAGUUACACCUGCUAACUUGUGAAAUUAUUUUAUUCAUAUUAAACCAUAUAUUUACAACUGAGCUGCUGUUUUCAGUGGAGUCCAGAAGACAUGGUUUUAUUACACCAAUUACCAGUCUAAUGGUUCAAAUUUCUUGAUAAUCAAUGGUUGUGUGCUGAAACAACUGUUGUGUACAGUGGUUUGUUUGUGUUCAAGUUCCUCUCGGUAUCUUGCUGAUAGCUGUCUCUCCACAUGAACUGUAAACCCGGCACUGAUGUUAGAUGUCAUUUCUUUCCGCACAGCGCUCGGGGUGUGACUGAAGCAAGAUAAGCACCAAUGGCAGCAGGUGUGGUCAAAAGCUUGGCUGACUUUCGACCAGCUCCGAGCUUCCAGCUCUCUUUUCUAAAUCUGGGUCUUCACCAGGACAUGGACUUCCAGGGAACGUCGGAUGAAGAGGAGGAGGAGGAGGAGGAGGAUGAAGUUCGGGAGGCAGGAUCCACUGACCCUGGGGACUGCCCCUCACCUACCCCUGAUACACACAUGGCCCAGACCACACUACAGCUGCUGAGAUUCACCCAGAUCAUCAACACUGACAUUCAGAGGUAUUUCGGACGGAAGAGCAAAGACGAUGACCCCGAUUCUUGUAACAUUUACGAGGACAGGUUUUAUUCAGGUAAAUCGGGUAGAGAGCUGUACUACGCUGACCUGAUCAAAGUUGCACAAGAUGGCGAGCAGGACGAGGAGGAAUUGCGUGCGACCUCACGCCCUCCCAGAGACAUAGACACCCUGGCUCUGAAGCACGUGUGUAACAGGGAAAGUAUCCAACAACUGGGCCCCCUGGCUGAACUGUUCGAGUAUGGUUUACACCAAUACAUGAAACCCACGGCCGUGAGGAGGAGAGACAACAGGAGGCAGAAAGUGGAUCAGAAACAUGUCCACAUUGUCCCGAUGCACAGGCGAAGGCUGCCUUCAUCCUUCUGGGAAGAGCCUAUCUCUCCUCUCCCUGCCUGCACCCUGCACACCAGCACACCAGAUUUCAGUGAUCUUCUGGCCAACUGGACGUCAGAGUCAAAUGGACCUGAACUCCAGGUUGGGAGAGAAAUCUCCACUGAAAUAAACAGACAAGUGCUGGAAUCAGAGACCUACCAACUUGUGUAGACCAGACCACACACCUUCCAUGCACCUGCGAUUAACCCUUUGAGCGCCAGUGUUUCUACCACCCUUUAAGAUGUUCUUCUUCUUGCGUAUGUCGUGCUACACUAACCUAAAGUUGUUGGACAACGUGUUCUAUUUGAUCUUAUUUGAUUGUGCACGCCAGGUUGAUUGCAUUGGUCGAAACAGGGCGGACCCAUGUGAAGGUUUCAGCCUCCCACCCCUUUGAAGAUGUUAAAUGUAAAGGAACAAAGAAGUUCCAACUAUUACUGUUUUUUCUCAUUUUUGGAAAUGAAUCUAAAACCCAAUUUGAAUGAAAAUUGUAUAAUUUAUGGAAAAUCCGAACAUUAACAUUCGAGAAUAUUCGCUACAAUCAUUCCGUUUAGUUUCCCUGAAGAUUGUCUUUAAUGAAUUUUGAUUUUAAAUUUGACAUUGUAUUUUAUACGGUCAGAUCGACAGCAAAGUGUGUUUAUAAGUGUCAUAUUUACGUGUACGGAUGUGUAAAUACACAGACUCUUACAUUUUAAUAAACUAUUACUGGGACACAUUGGUUCAAGCUGCUUAUGUGUUGAUCAGAUAAUUUAUAUUGGAAUUGAAACAAAUAUUAAUGGCAAUCUAUUCCCUUCAGCAUUGGCCAGGUGUGUCAGUGUACAGGUGAGAUUCUGCGCUCAGUGAAGCAGGUAACAGCAACUGUCAUUGGUGACCCACGGACUAUCCUUGACUGGACGUUGCUGGCUUUACCUUGCACUAAACGUUAUUCCCUUUAUCCUGUAUCUGUACACUGUGGACGGCUCGAUUGUAAUCAUGUAUUGUCUUUCCGCUGACUGGUUAGCACACAACAAAAAGCUUUUCACUGUACCUCGGUACAGGUGACAAUAAACUACACUGAACUGAAGACCCCAGCGAGACUUCCACCUCUCAGCUUCCUCACAGAUAGCAACAAUAU